AUGAAACAGUUUUAUUCAAGAUGGUCCAUACAGCGAUCGUAUUUGACUUAUCCUUUUGAUAACCAAACUAUUUAUUGGCCCGGUGGCAAGGAUUUUGAAUUUACUAGGAAAAUCGAAAACUUUAAUUAUGACGGGUCGUGGUAUGCUGCGAAUGAUUUCGCAGCAAGUGAACAUGGUGGUACUCAUAUUGAUGCUCCAUACCAUUUCUUUGCAACCGGCCAACAUGUUGGCCAAAUACCACUUGACAAGCUCAUCGUACCGCUGAUAAUAGCAGACAUAAGCUCAAAAGUAAACGAUGAUCCAAAUUUCGUCCUUUACAAACAUCACUUGGACUACCUUUUGAAUGAUAACAUGGGCAAACCUUGCCUUAUUGUGUUCAAAUUCGGUUGGGGCAAGUUUGCCAAAGACAAGAAAAAAUACUUGGGGAUAAAAAGUGACGGUCAACUUAAUUUCCCAGGACUCAGUGCCGAGGUGGCAGAGUGGAUAACCUCAUCGUAUAAGAAUGUUGUAGGCAUAGGCGUCGAUGUAGCGUCAGUUGAUCCCGGCGCAAAUAACGAUUUUCCAGUGCACAAAAUUCUUACGAAAGCAGGGCUUUAUAUGAUAGAAAACGUACACUUUGAAAGAGAAAUACCAGAUCACGGUUGUACAGCCCUAGCCCUGCCUAUGAAGAUUGCAUUGGGAACGGGCGCACCACUCCGUUUUGUAGCUGUUUGUCCGAAACAGUCUCCGGAACAUGUU